CAGAACUUGAACUUGUGUCAUCGUUUGCCACCAUUUUUCUCCCAAAAAGAGAGCUUCAAACACCCAUGAGAGCGUUCGCAUCUCGCUUUCCCGCACACCAUUCUCGUCUCCCCGCUCGUUUCUUCAGUACAGCAGAAGCAGCUUCACUCCAAAACCACCACUACCACCGCCCUUCCCCACCAUCACCUCUUCUAAACCUCGGACCAAAAGCUGCCGAGAAAGAAGCAGGAAAGGACUUAAUUAAACUCAUAAAAUCCUGCCCUAAGAAAUCCCAUCUGCCUCAAAUCCACACCCAUCUCAUUCAUACGUCCUAUCUUCUUAACCCCACAAUUUUCCUCCACUUCCUUUCCCGCAUUUCCCUCCCUGGUCCAUUGCAGGAUUUGUCUUAUGGCCGUCGAAUCUUCCAACAUUAUCCGAAACCCAAUGUUUCUUUGUACGGUACCAUGAUUAGAGCUCAUUCUUUAAGCCAUAAUAAUUCAGCAGCAUCACUAGGAUUUGAACUAUACAAAGAAAUGCUUGAUUUGGGCUUUUCUUCAGACGGCUUUUGUUCGUCGUUUGCAAUCAAAUGUUGUGUAAAGAUGGAAUCUUUAUUGAAUGGUGUACAGGUACAUAGUAGGAUUUUGAGAGAUGGUUAUAAAUGUGAUAGCUUUUUGUCCACUACUUUGAUGGAUUUUUAUUCUUUAAGUGGGAAAUGCGAUGAUGCUUGUAAAGUGUUCGAUGAGAUGUCUCACAGGGACACUGCUGCUUGGAAUGUGUUGAUUUCUUGCUAUAUACGUAAUAAGCGGACAAGGGAUGCUUUAAGCGUGUUUGAUAUCAUGGAAAAGUCAAAUUGGCGUCGACCGGAUGACGUCACUUGUUUGCUUGUGCUCGAGGCUUGUGGGAAGUUGAAUGCAUUAGAAUUUGGUGAGAAGGUUCAUAAGUAUGUAAAGGAGGGUGGAUUUGAUAGCUCUAUGAAGAUUUCUAAUUCACUUAUAGCAAUGUACUCAAGGUGUGGGUGUGUUGAGAAGGCGUAUGAGGUCUUUGAGAGCUUGGCUAACAAGGAUGUGGUGACAUGGAGUGCCAUGAUUGCAGGCUUGGCAAGUAAUGGACACGGUGAACAGGCAAUUAGGGCAUUCAGAAAGAUGCAGAGGGUCGGUGUUGUUCCUGAUGAUCAGACUUGUACUGCAGUUCUUUCAGGCUGUAGUCACUCAGGGUUGGUUGAUCAGGGUCGCAUGUUCUUUGAUAUCAUGAGGAAAGAGCUGGGUAUUGUGCCUAAUCUUUACCACUAUGGGUGCAUGGUUGAUAUGAUGGGUCGUGCUGGUUUGCUUGAUGAGGCUUACAAGCUUAUAUGCUCAAUGGAGGUCAGGCCAGAUGCAGCAAUUUGGAGGACUCUGCUUGGGGCAUGUAGAAAUUAUAAACAUUCUAUUCUUGGAGAGAGAGUAGUUGAGCAUUUGAUUGAACUCAAAGCUGAAGAAGCAGGGGAUUACGUUCUGUUGUUAAAUAUUUAUUCGUCAAUCAAUGAUUGGGAGAAGGUUACCGAAAUACGGAAAUUGAUGAAGGAGAAAGGAAUCCGGACAACCCCAGCUUCUUGUACCAUUGAACUGAAAGGCAAAAUACAUGAGUUUAUGGCCGAUGAUGUUUCACAUCCAAGAAAGAAGGAGAUAUAUGAUAUGUUGGACGAGAUUAAUAAGCAACUAAAAAUUGCUGGUUAUGUUGCUGAAACUAUAGCAGAAUUGCAUAAUACUGGUGCUGAAGAAAAGCGAACCAGAAUGUCUUAUCACAGUGAGAAACUGGCAAUUGCAUUUGCAAUUCUUGCCACUCCACCUGGUACAAAGAUACGCAUUGCAAAGGACCUAAGAAUAUGUCUUGACUGCCACAAUUUUGCUAAAAUGGUAUCAACUGUUUAUAAUCGAGAAGUAGUUAUUAGAGAUCGUAAUCGGUUUCAUCAUUUCAGGGAAGGGCAUUGCUCCUGUAAUGAUUACUGGUAGCGGUGAUAAUGAUCGCCUGCUUCUUCAGCUUUCAGUUGAAUCAAAUGCUCAACUACUCUCUUUCCAAGAAUAGAAUGUUUAUAAUUUCUACAUGCCCCAAGCAGAGUCCUGCACAUUGCUGCAUCUGGCCUGACUUCCGUUGAACAUAAAGCUUGUAUGCAUCAGCUAGGUAUUGUUAAAUGAAAUGUACAAGGCGCUCCUUGUUUCCACUUGUAUUAUGUAGGCUUGGCUGUCAAACGAAAUGGAGUAUUACCUACCAGGGCUGCUAGGAAUGUUCCCCUUCAAGAGAGAGCAGGCAGAUGCAAAAGGGCAGGUGCGCAGGACAACGACACCAUUGUUAAUUGGAUUCUGUCCAAGCGGGGGAUUCAUGGUUUAAAACAUGAUUGCAACAUGCGUGCUUGAUCAAGACUUACAACAAUGCGAAGAUCAUUAUGCCAGGUUUCUGUUCAAAGCUUCUGAACAUUUAAUCUAGGCCAGUGAUUGCUUACACAGACAGAGGAAAUAAAAUUGGUGGUGGCUAUUUUUUACCGUUGUUCAAUUUCCAAGCCAUUGUGUUGGCUUCCGUUCUGUUAGUAUGUCUGGCAUAGAAAUUCUGUUAAUUCCUUUUUUUCAAUAGCUGCCGUUAAUGUGUUAUUUGCAAAUACGCAUGUUGGAGAACCUGUAUCGUCUAGGAUGUAUUAUGCUAUGGACAUGAUGCCUGCAUGUAGUUUUAGCAAUGUCCUAGUGAUUCCUAUUUAACCAAAUCUUCUCCAACCUUUGAAACUGUGUAAACGGAUAAUGAAGAGGCAUCAGCAUUAACAGUUAAGAGUCACACUUGAUUGUACUCCUUGCAAU